AUGCCUCGUUUGGAGGAGCUUGCCAACGUUGCCCUCAGGGUGCCAAGCAUACUAGUGCUGGACCUGCUGUACAAAUGUGACAUUGAUGGCUUAACAGAGCACCUCAAGGCCAAAAACGAAGACAUGCUCUUCAAAUACAAGUAUGUCAUCUGGAACAUGUACUACCUGGGUCAUCUGAUAAACGUGGUGGUGUUGGUUCUUCCAUUGAGACACAUCGUGACGCUCUACCUCCACAUCCUCGCCGCCCUCCUCCUAUACGUGGGGCAUCAGAUUUCCAAGGAUUAUGUGCGUGAGGAGGUGCAGUAUGGUUAUGAAGGAGCGGUGUACCUCGACUCUCUGGCCUUCAACCGAUUCGUCUCUGCACUAACUAGCCAGAUUAUUCUCAGCACUCUGUGUGCCUUCCUGAUGAAGACCAGAAAGGUGUGGCUCUUUUCCGCUCACAUGCUCCCCCUGCUGGCCCGACUCUGCGCCGCGCCCCACGCCACGCUGCUAACUGUCAACACCUUCUCCAUGGGCCUGACCGGAGCGGGAAUCGCCAUGUUCCUCCUCUCGAAUCUCUUUGUGCCAUAUCGCCUGGCCAGGGCUGCCUACUCAGAGCUGCUUCAGUUGGAGGUGAUAGAGCUGUACCGCCUGCUGGCCGUGGGAAUCUCUCUGUGGAACCAGUUUGCCGUCCCAGUGCUCUUCAGUGUCUUCUGGUUCGUUCUGUUCGUCGUCCAGCUGUGCUCAGACACCAUGACCGGCAACGCCUCCGCGGGCCAUCAGGGAAUCAUGUUUUUUCUGCUCACAAGUGUUUCUGAAUGUUGUGCCACACCUUACUCCCUUCUGGGUCUGACCUUCGUGGUGUCCUACCUGGCUCUGGGACUGCUCAACCUGUGCAAGUUCUACCUGGGAGGCUACGCCGCGGUGCAGAACGAGAACGUCAUGCACAGAGGUGUGACCGAGGGAGUCACUCUGCUGCUGCUUGCGCUUCAGACGGGUCUGCUGGACAUGCAAGCACUUCAGCGCACCUUCCUCCUCAGCAUCAUCCUCUUCAUCGUGGUCACUUCGACUCUGCAAUCCAUGAUCGAGAUAACAGACCCGGUCAUUCUAGCCCUGGGCGCAUCCCGCAAUAGGAGUUUAUGGAAACACUUCCGUGGCCUCAGCAUGUGUCUGGUCUUGCUGGUGUUCCCAGGAUUCAUGGCUUAUAAAAUCUCCCAGUUCUUCCACAUGGACUUCUGGCUCCUCAUACUGGUGUCCAGCUGUAUGCUCACGUCUCUUCAGGUCACAGGCACCAUGCUGAUCUACUCGCUCUUCAUGGUGGAGCUGUUCCGCAGCGACCCGAUCGACAGCCUGGACGAGGUGAUCUACUGGGUGAACGCCGUCAGCCGGGUGCUGGAGUUCGUGGUGGCGCUCUGCGUGGUGGCGUACGGCACCUGGGAGUCGCUGUUCGGCGAGUGGAGCUGGAUGGGCGCCUCCGUCAUCAUCAUCCACUCCUACUUCAACGUUUGGCUCCGAGCGCAGUCCGGCUGGAGGAGCUUCCUUCUCAGACAGGAAGCGGCCAAAAAGAUCAACUCCCUCCCCAGAGCCACGGCCGAGCAGCUGCAGCAGCACAACGACGUCUGCUCCAUCUGCUUCCAGGAAAUGAGCUCUGCUGUCAUCACAUACUGCGGACAUUUCUUCCACGGAAACUGCCUCCGCAAGUGGCUGUACGUUCAGGAGACCUGCCCCAUGUGCCACCAAGCAGUGCGGCCCUCCCCACCGGGUCCGAGUCAGGGUUCGGGUGACGCCCGGCAGCACCGCCGCGGAGACACGGGGCCAGAUCUGGCUGCACAAGACGGAGAUCAGACCCCUGGCGGUGCUGCAGAGGAGGCCGCGAGUGACCCAGUUCCUCCUGGAGAGACGACAGAGACGUCUGAGGAGGCCGCCUGUGGCAAAUCUCAUGAAAACCCACCAGACGACCAUCACAGAAAAGCCGUCCAAGGCCUUCGUUUCAGCUCCAGUGGAGACUUUGUCGGCUUUGUGAGUCCAGUGUCAGGCUCCUCCUCCUCCUCCUCAGGGGGCAUUUCUAACUCCCGUGUAACAGCGGAUAAAAACGGUCUGGUCAGCACGCACGGCUCAAGUGAGGAGAACGGCGAGAAGCAGGCUGGAGACGCGGCGAGGAGUUUCACAGCGGCAAACUCAUCACCGCCAUCGUCGACGCUUGACGCCAUGAAAGACGAUCACGGGGAGAGCAGAGCUGCUUCUGAGGGAGCCGGGAUUUGCAAACCGCUUGACGAAAGCAGCUCUGAUUGUUCUUGUGCAGGACAACAAAUCAGUAAUGGUAAGAGCGAGGAAAACGGUGAAGUGGACCUCGUUGAUGGCAGUGAAUUGAUGAACUCGACUGAAGAAACAAAUGCGCCGUGUGAAAACGGAUGUGACGCAACAUUGCCUGAGGAAAAAACUCAAAAGACACAAAUUGUAAAAGUCGGGGCUUCAGAUACUGAUGGUCAGACAGCGGCCUGGGAUGGGACGCCUAAAUCGUGGGACAGUCUCGACUCACCAGAGGAAAACGAUGAGGCUGACUCAUCUGGUGUGAGCCCCGUCAGCCAAAUCUCUAUGAAACCAAGCAAUGAAAACACAGAACUGUUAGGCAGAGGUCUCUCUCAGACGGGGCGCGACACACACUCACACUCGGACCUGGACGGGCUGGCAGAGGCCGGUCCUGUCCCGCAGACGCCCCGGCCACCCGCAGAGAACAGCGACCGCCCUGCAUCAGUGCCUUGAUGGGUGUGACGGGGCGAUUCUCCCCCAAAAAAGUGAACUGAAACACAUUUGCCUUCUAUCCAUGAACCAGGAGGGAAAAAAUUGUAUCCUCUAAUUGACAGUAUAAUGAAUGUGCUCCUGUUUAGUAAAUAAAAUGAGACUGAAUUGAAUCUAGAGACAGAAUAAAUCUUGUAUUGGAUGGAAAAUGUCAUCCUAAUGGUACAUCUGUACAGAAAUUUUAAAAAAUAAAAAAAUGAACUCUAUGUAAAGCGGUUAUCGUGCUUACAGAAAUGUAGCAGGGUUACAAGUAAACAUGUUUUACUUAGAGAAGUUGAAAUGGUCGUUGAUUUAUUUUAAUUUAAUUUUCCCAUUGUCCUGUUUUUUUUUUUUUUUUUUUUUUUUUUUUUUUUUGUAAAGCAUACCUGCUCUCAUGUGAUGUCACUUUUGUGAGGCAAUCUGACAAAAAAGAAAAAAAAAAAAAAACAUUUUCCACUGAAUAGACUCGUCUCAGUAUGUAACCUAUAUUUUUUCUUUUUCUUUUCUUUUCUUUUUUAAAUUUAGUCUACUACAAAUUAAAUCCUGACUUGGUGCGCA